UCGGUACGAUUCAUCCGACUUUUUCAGCUUUUAGAUUUCAACUUUCCAUUUCUGCGGUUGACACGUGUCGUGCAAUCAGUCCUUGACGAGAAAUCGCGAUUAGUGGCUUAAAGCGUAUUGUUGCAAUUUUUCGCGAAGGGAAGGGGCCUAAAAGUGAUACCGGUUUUUGAAGUUUCGAGGAACUGGAUUAGAUGACACAACUUCUCGUUUUGUUGCCAGUGUUUGAAGAAGUAGCGCUGAAGAGUUUUUUUUAAUUUGGCGCGCUUAUGACUGGCAUAGUGAAUAUUUUACGGAUCGACGAUCUAUCCGCGAUCGAAGCAGGCGUACCACUAAGCACUAAAUAAUUGACAGGAUAAAUGUGUGGAGUUAACAGAAAUAUUUCUUUAACUCGGUGAACUUUAAAUGUUCUCUGGUAGGAGGUGGCAUUGAUUUCGACGCUCAAGAAGACGGAUAACGGAAGUGUUGCUUUCCAACUGUGUUCAGUCAGUAGUGUUAGCCGCAAUUGAAUCAGUGAGAAACUUUUAAGUGUUUAAAAUCAAUUUAAAUUUGAAACUCUCGGGAUGUUGUAUUGGUGUUUCACAGUGGCAUUGUACCGCGAAUUCUAUUGGAAAGGUAGUGAUAUGUUGUAGAGGUGAUUAGAAAGUGCGGCUGAUAUGCAUGCAAUGACAUUUUCGAAAUCGAUGUGCAAAAUUCGAUUGCAUCACGAAUCAAGAGCUUGAUCGACCUUGUGCGAAAGACAUCCACGCGCGGCAAGCAGCGGUGUUGACAAUGACUCAUGAAUGAGGAGCACGAGUAAAUAACCAAAACCGCUUUCGAGACCUUCGUACUUGUCACUUCUCACCUAAUUGAUGAACGCCGCUGGAGGAACAGUUGGGAACGGGUGCGAAAGAGGAGGGAAGUCUAUACUAGAAGGAGGCAGUGACAGGGGCGGUGAAGGUCACGGGGUUGGGCCCAGGGGUGGCAUCAUGGACUCUCAACAACAACAAUUUUGCCUUAAAUGGAACAGUUUCGGCAACAACUUGGCUACAGCUUUCUCAAACCUCUUCAAAAGUGAGAGUCUGACGGAUGUCACCCUUUUCUGCGAGGGCGAGGGCAAUAUUCUCCUGCAAGCAUUUCAACUGAGAGAAUACACGUGUUACGCUUACCACCAGGCUUACAUUUGCAAACGUGGGCCCCUGCAUACACGUUUUUUCGUAUCACCUUCGUUAUACCAAUGUCAUUAUGUUAGAUUGCUCGCUUCCAGUUCCACGUACGUCAAGCACAAGCAAGGUAUAAAUUACGAGAUCGUGUCCGAAGAUGGCCUACAUAUUCAACGAGCUGCAAGAAAAGGGUCACCGAGUGACGUAGAUGCUCAUGGUAGAGCAAGUGUUCUGAAAGAUGGAGCUGCAUUUCGACCCAGAUCUGCUCCACACCCUCUAUUGAUGGAGAAUCACCACUAUCAGUCAUUCAUGCACAAUUCAGAUACCCCUACGCAUCCACACACUGCUCCACACACACCCACGGAAUUGGAACGGGAACUGGAACGAGAUCGAUCUGUGGAACGAGGAAAUGGAGAGCAUAGAGAAAGCGUUGCGGAAGAUCUUCGAAUAAAGCAAGAACCGGUGGCGUUGACCGAUCGAGAAAGAGCCGAUAAACUGGCCGAAAGAUUAUCGAAUGAGGCGUAUUCAAGAGGGUUCGAAGCCGGAAAUUAUGGUAACACCACAGAUCACUUACAGCACGGGGUACAAAUGAGCGCUGGAAUGACUAGCUUACAACCUGCUCACCCACCUACUCCAGAUCUCAGUCCUGCACUACCGACUCCUGCCAUGUGGAAUUCGAAAAUAAACAAAGCUGGCACAGUUACGACACCUGAUGGUAAGAAGCUGAAGUGCCCCUUCUGUGAGAGACUGUAUGGAUACGAGACAAAUUUGCGAGCUCACAUCAGGCAACGUCAUCAGGGUAUUAGGGUUCCGUGUCCAUUUUGCACUCGAACCUUUACCAGAAACAACACGGUUCGGCGGCAUAUUGCACGGGAGCAUAAGACCGAGUUGAGUUUAAAGGCGUUCCAACAGGCGAAUCAUUCGGUUUCGGAUUCGGUACCCCAGUAGCGCAACGGAAACGGCAGGAUGCAUCUAUUCAAUGUUGCGCCGAGAUCCACAAUGACAAGCGAUUACUACAGUGACCUGUGAGUGGUGAUUCAGAAUGUCCCCUCAUUACCCACUUCCUCCACCCGUCAACGACCACUGACUGCCCUUCCCCAUGACGACGACUCUCCAGGAUCUUCCCAAAGGCGAUCGUAACUUUAAUCGGGAACGAUUAAUCUGAGGAAGGAUACACUCGGAUUCGUAAAAGAAACUAAAAAAAAAGCGUCGUUCGGGGCUCGAAGAAGAAGCUGCAAUAUGUUAAAGAUGCCUCACAAUGCGAGGUGCGUGUGCACGCAGCAAACACAAAACUAGUCAAUGAAAGUGCAACGGUCAAGUAUAAUGAUUAUUGUCUAUACUAUAAAGAAGAAAAAGAUGUUACAUAGUGCAUAAAGAGAGAAAUGAAAUAGCACAUAUUAUAGUAGUAGAGAACGAGUGAGCGAAAGGAUGUAUGCAUGAAAACGAUAAAAAUUGAAUACAAGAGGACGGAGCAGAAAAGCAAAUCGA